UUACAUAGCUUAUCCGGUGAAUCUUUGCGGGAGCUCGCCUCGCCUGAAGAUGAAAGUCUCUCUCCUACGCUGAGCAGCAGCAGCAGCUGCUCGACGGCGAGCCUUGAAUGCGCCCCUUCCUUUCCCUCCCUUCCCGAUCGUCCUCGCUGUCUGCUCUGCGACGUAGCUCUCUAAGUCUCUGUAGCUGCAACAGGAUUGGCUAUGGAUGUCUCCGGGAUGCCCCCCAAUAUUCUACCAAAAGUUGACUCAUUAUCUUCGACGCAUCAAAGACCAGGAAUUGCAGUUUUCGGCUUACCGGGAUGCUGUCCCAAGACUACGGCUUUCUUUGGCCGAGAACCCUGUUUCCGAUUCGGUUCCUCGAACAUGACCCAGCCUUCACUUUCCAAAAGUUUUAAGAAAAUGCCCUGGUCUAUUCAGAGCAUUGCGGAUGGCAGCAGUGGGUUGGACCCCUCGUCCAUGAACGGCACGAAUGGUGGGACCCGAUUACUCAGGGCAAUUCGGAAUAUCCAAUCUAAGCUAGGUGAUAAAAUCCAGGUGAUAAGGAAAAACUUCCCAAUAAAAUUACUCUUCUUCCUGGUGGGUUUCUAUUGUGCAACAGCCUUUGCAACCGUUAUUGGGCAAACAGGAGACUGGGACAUUCUUUCUGCUGCAUUGGCUGUUGUGGUUGUUGAGGGGAUCGGGGCGCUCAUGUACAAGGCUUCUCUUCCUCUAUUCAGUAACAUCAGGAGCGUAAUUACCUUGUUUAAUUACUGGAAAGCCGGGCUCUCGCUGGGACUCUUCUUGGACUCAUUCAAGUACGAAAUGGACAACUUUUUUGGAUCCAUCAACCCGUUGAACUUUGACAUGGAUAUGCUUCCCAGAUUCUUGUGAUGGGCCCCAAAUUGAAUGAAAUGUAGAUUCUUCCUAUAUGCACAUUUUACGGAGCAAUCGAUUCUUUGCGACAGCAGACUUCCCACUUCCCAGUUAAAACAUCAUUGCUUCUGAGUAGAAGGACAGGGUUGCUUCAGAAACAGACCAACCGUCUCUAUUGGUUGGCUUGUGGUUCCAGCUUCUUGAGUAUUUAUGGGACGAUUUAUCCCACGUACAGUCAAGUAAAAUCGAACUGAAUCGACCAAUAGUUCACAAGGCAAGUCCUUUCCAUUCUUUUUUCUUUUUUUAGUGGAUGGUCCUUUCCAUUCUUUACUCAUGUAUUCCAACCAAGAAUGCGAAGCUUGUUUUGCAGUUCAUGUAAUGAAGAGUGGCAUCGGAAAAUUUCAACUUAGAGCUUAGGAGACUGAUCGUGUUGUGGAGAUCAGCAAAUUGUUUCCUGUGCGAUGAAUUCACAAGCAACCAAAGUAGAGCUUUUCCUCUGUAGAUUUGUUGAGGAAAUUUAUAUUGGCAUAUGAAUUUUCAAUUUUAUUGAUAAGGUAGUUUAGUCCUGCCGUGGAUAAAGUAGCAAUAUGGUUGGCGUAAGUUACUUUCAUAUGUAUCUUAGGCAUGACACGAUACAUAUAUAUAUAUAUAUAUAUGUAUGUAUGUAUAUAUAUCUAUCUCUCUCUUUUACCCAUAAAUGGGAUCUUUUAUUUC